GUAUAGAUUUUAGUGGACAGGUGUAGCUACUUGCUAUUUUUCAAAUUAAGAAUUAAAAUAAAUGCAUAUGAUGGAAAGUAUAGUACUGAUUUUCAAACCAGUCAUUCAUAGUGUAUUAUUUUGCAAAAUGGCAAUGCCCCUCAUAGAUAUGAGUUCCUGCUUGAGAUUUCUGAGGUUUAACCAGCUUGUUUUUGCACUAUGUGGUUUUUUCCUUUCUUCACCUUUAUGAUGUUUUUCCCCAUAAAUGUCAAGAAAGCAUGAUAAGAUGGAUGCAUUUGUGUAGUCAGUAGCAGUUAUUGCUUUUUGUGUGAUUCUUAUAAAAUUUUAAGCAUAUCAAGAGUCCCAAUAAAUAUUUGUUAACGUGUGAAACAUUUAAAACUAGUGGAGACUGGGGACAAAUGUAAUAAUUUUUAUAAACAUUUUCCUCACAGGCUAAUUAAUAUACACUUGUCAUCUGCUGAUAAACAGAACACAAAUGUGCACCAACUAAUGGUGCAACUGAUAUCUUGUCAAUAAUAGGAACAAGGCUAAAAUCUAUUUUAAUGCAAGAAACCAGAGUUUUACAGUUGAGCCCUUGAUGUUACAAUUCAAUUGCCUCAAUUCAAUUGGCUCAGUUGAAACUGUAACAGAAGAAGGGGGGAAAUUUAACACUGAAAAAAUAUAUCAUACUACCUGGCUGAAUCUCAAACAGAAGCAAUCUUCAAAGUAAUCACCUUACUGUAGUUGUAACUAAAAAUGUAGCUUUAAAAAAGGUUCAGCCUCUGUACUUUCAAAUUUGUUUCGAUAUCAGGCAGUCUGUGUAUUUAAGGCAAACAUCUCUUUUGAUUUUUCCAGAAACAUUGGCGACUAUUCUAGAAGCAACUAGAUUUUGACUCUGUAAAUUGAGUUAAAAGUACAUUUUAGAGCAAUUUCUAACCUGACUUACAUUAAUAGACAACCACCGAUAUUAAUAGAUCUUACCAAAAAUAACACAAAAGGAUCAUGUGAAGAACAUAUUUAUAUAUUUAUUUAAAAGCACCAGAAGUGAAAUAUAUGAAAAAUUUAUUGUAUCAUAUAAUGCAUGACAAGUUACCUGAUAUAAUCCUUUCUAUCAGUAGUUGGAAUAAUAUUGUUUUUUGAAAUUUUGAAACCUCAUUUUAAAUAUAACUUUAUAGUGCCUGCAAUAGUAAAUGUUACAAGUGUCACUGAUGUCACACCAAUGUUGCUGACUUCCAUUCUACUGUGGUUGGCGACACUGAUGUUAGUACUGGUUGUUCAUGUUAGUUUCUAACAUAUAGCGAGGAUAGAAUAGAUACAAGUGUAAAUACACAUUAUUUGAAUCUUUAGGCAACAGAAGAAAAUACAUGUAAUCACUCAAGAAAGAAGAUGGAAAAAGAUAGAGUAAGCAUCUCACCACGAAGAAGUCCUUCCCUCCGAGAAGAGCUAAGACAAACAUCUCAGCGCAGCUUCUACCUAAGCCCAGCUCCACUCUUUAUUCAGCCCCCCAAAUUUUCUCCUGCUAGAUAUCCCAGCAUAUCACCCACCAGAGAUGCCUACAGUGCAUUUAGUCCACCCGUUUUCUUUCCCAUGCUUGGCCCCAGUUACACCCUCAAAGAAGGAUCCCAAAAACGCAAAAGGACUCCCUUAAAAGUAGAUGGCGACGAGGGAGGUGAAUCUCCUGAGAAGGAGGCAGAGGAGACAGAAGAAAGCAGCAGUAAGAAGACAGUGGACCUGUCGCACAUUCCCUUCUCCCUCCCACCUCGCCCUUUUCCCUCUCCAUCUCCAAAACCCAUCCCUGGCAUGAUCGAGCUCAACAGCCUGCAGCUUCAACAUAGACCUCCAGAUGUGAAUUUUCCUGUGCAGGUAAAACAGGAGCCACUCAGUCCUUCCCCCAUCUGGCCACCCUCUCCUCUGCUUCUUCACCCUCCCUACUUCCCACCUCUCCACCACAGCCUUCUCCCAUACCCCUUCUUCAUACCUGGUCCUAUCAUGCACCACCCCCCUGGUGGUUUCUACCCCAGAGAGGACCUCCGCUCCAGUCAUGGCGCCCGUGAAGGAGCUCCUCGAAGUGGUACGAGCAGCGCUGAGAAGCUCGGUCUCAAUGUUCACGUAGACGACAGCUACUAUGUGGACGUUGGUGGAGACCAGAAGAGAUGGAAGUGUCGAAUGUGUGAGAAGUCCUACACAUCCAAGUAUAACCUGGUCACACACAUCCUGGGUCACAACGGCAUCAAGCCACACGGAUGUCACCUGUGUGGGAAGCUAUUUAAGCAGCUGAGCCACCUGCAUACACACCUACUCACACACCAGGGAAUGAGACCCCACAAGUGCCAGGUGUGCCACAAGGCCUUCACCCAGACCAGCCACCUGAAGAGACACAUGAUGCAGCACAGUGACGUGAAGCCAUACAGCUGCAGUGUGUGCGGUCGAGGUUUCGCUUAUCCCAGCGAGCUUCGAGCCCACGAGCUGAAGCAUGAAAAAGGUCAAGAGAAUGUAUGUGUGGAGUGUGGUCUAGACUUCCCCACACUGGCACAGCUAAAGAGGCACCUGACCGUCCACCGAGGUCCCACAUUGUACAGGUGUACAGAGUGCCAGAAGACUUUCCAGUAUCCCAGUCAGCUUCAGAACCACAUGAUGAAACACAAAGACAUCAGACCGUACAUCUGCAGUGAGUGUGGGAUGGAGUUCAUCCAGUCGCACCACCUGAAACAGCACACGCUCACUCAUAAAGGGGUGAAGGAGCACAAGUGUCGCAUCUGUGGUCGUGAAUUCACCCUGUUGGCCAACAUGAAGCGUCACGUCCUCAUCCACACCAACAUUCGGGCCUACCAGUGCCACAUGUGCUUUAAGAGUUUCGUCCAGAAACAGACUCUGAAGGCUCACAUGAUCGUCCACUCGGACAUCAAGCCCUAUAAAUGCAAGCUUUGUGGGAAAGAAUUCAACAGGAUGCACAACCUAAUGGGCCACAUGCAUCUCCACUCAGACAGCAAACCCUUCAAAUGCCUAUACUGCCAGAGCAAGUUCACACUGAAGGGGAACCUCACCAGACACAUGAAGGUUAAACAUGGUGUCAUGGACAGAGGCCUGGAUGAGAGACUAUUUAGGCAAAGAGGGCGUUUCUGUCUGACCACCCCAAUGGACCUCCUCACCCACUUCAGCCAAGAGGAACCGUUUGACCUCUCCCAGAAACCCCCGGGUCUGCCCAGCCUACGUCUCUCCCAGUCUGAUGGUGAGAGCGUCCCGGGAAGCUCCUGUCAGGAGGAGGAGGAUGAGGAGAGUUUGUACAGAAGGAGCCAGUACAGCCCUGAAGUAGACCACCACGAGCCAGCAGCUGAUCAGUAUAUCCCUGAGCUGGAGGAAAGAAGGCAGGGAUCCCCUGGUGAACCGAGGGAAGGCAAGAGACAGAAACAGCAGAAGUACCAGGAAAGUUUAGAGGAUGAGACGUUUGAGAGGAAGUCGGUAGCAGAAGGUCAAUCUAAAGUUCCCAGAUGUAACAAGGCGCAGCUAUUGGAGUCCGAGACAUCCUGUGAAUCAGAUGCAGAAUUAGGUGAGCAGGUGUGUCGCCAAAAAAUGGUCCGUAGACAGUCCUAUGAAUAUGACUCAGAAGAAGAAGCACAUCAGCAAGAGGUAGAUGAACCAGAGCAGAGAAAAGAAAAGUUGGAUAACUUUCACAAGGCCAUCGAUGUGGAAGAGACAAACAAAUACGAGUGCAUUGCUCAAAGAGUUUACGGGUCAAAUGGUGAAGAAGACAAACAUGAAGAAAAGUGAGUCAAAGACUCAGAAGAUAAUUAAAUGUGUUGUUUCUUGUGUUGUUUUGGAGGGCAACGACAAUAUGUAUGCUUUUAAACAUCUCUGAUUAGGGAGGGUGGUGAGUAGCAGCGAAUGAACUUGUUGUUUUCAUACAGAGCAAAAAAUCAAAAAUAAAUACAAGCUGUGAAGAAUAUUGCAUGUAAAAAACAUAUCAAAAUUAUCAUUAAUAGUGACUGACAGAAGCUUUGGCUGGAAACGUGCGAUGUAAAUAAAAUGCAAACAGAUAUUUAAUGUUCUAGUUUUUUACGAAUCAUUUUGAAAUGUUUCUUAAAUAUGCAACUCUGCUUUGACUCGGAAUCUAAUCUGUGAUAUUAAAAUUUAAAAAGUGUUACUGAUCACACCAUUGUGCAUGCUUUACUCUUGUUUGUUUGUAUGAUAUUGUUCUAAAGGUCAGCAAAAAACUGGAUGAAAAAAUGUUUUUGACAGACACAAUUGAAAAAAAAAGCUAAAAUGCUUUUGUUUUUUUACAUUCAAUGUCUAGAUUUGUUUUUUAUCUACAUGCUCUUUUUUGGAGAUAUUUCUGUGUUUUAUUGCAAUGUUGGUGAUCUGAAUAUGAUUCUGAUGAAUAAAUACUGAAAUAAAAGCUUGAACGCACAAA